AGCCGUAAUGCUGCACACUCAUGCACACAUGCCUCUCCAUAUGGCACAUGUGUGUAGACGUCAGCAGUAAAAAUAAUAAAAAAGUAAGGGAAAAAAACAUUGCCAGUUAAGCGCCCCCGCUUGCCCCUCAGCGCUCGUUUAGUGCGGUUCGCUCGGUUCGUGACUCACCUGAGCGUAACGUAAGCCCAGCUUAUUGUUCGACUACGACAAGCGCAGCCACAAUCGAUAUACCCUCAACAGGAGGGUAUUAUCAGUUUUUGAUCGCGUUUGUGGCACGAUCCUGGGGUUGCACUUUAAAAGCAAUUAGGUAUGGGUUCUUUUUUUAUAGUUUUAAGAGUAUGUCUAUGUGCCCUAGCCAAUUUAUCUAAUUACUUGCAAAAAGUACAUUUUAAGGGUACUGAGUCGAGCGAUCUUACUUAUAGGGUAACUAAGUCUUCGAUCUGCCAAACCAAUGACCAUCUUUCAUGUUUUGUUUUUGGCACAGCACACGCUUUUAGUGCAGGGUCUCUCCCACUCGCUCGUCCUCUCAUUUACUCGCUCAGCUGCAGGCUGCAAGCAGCUGUUUUCGAUUCUGCGAGAGCCGAGCUUUACGCUCUUUCGUAUUUCUUUUCAAUUUUUAAGUUCGACUUGAGAGCGAAUUUGUACUCAUGUGUGAGCUACGCUCGUUUGCAUACAAAUUUACACCUCUUUACGACUGUUUGUCGAUUUAUGUGUGUGCGUAUUUUAUUUUUUUUUCUUUUCGGAUCUGUUUUGCAAUUACCCAAUUUGACAAUGGAGUCAAGUGGGAAAAAUACACACACACAGCGGUAACAUUCAAGCGUUCCCACUUUGGGAAACUUUUCGAAACUCUUUGGGUUAAAAAAAAAAAAAUCUGAAUCGACUUCAUUUUCGUUCGCUUUAAAAUGCAAAUAAUGAAGGUAAUUGAGCGGUUUACUUUCUAUAGUAGCUGCUGCACUUUAACUGUGGGUUAUACGCUGGGUUAUAUGGCGGGUUAUGUACGGUGGGUUAUAUAAUGACAAUUAGACCCACUGUGACAGCACACGUCAACGCUUAUGAAUAUGUAAGCAAGAGAGCUAGAGCUGCAGGUAAAUGCACAGGUGUGCAAGGGGCUAAAAUUCAUAUAAAGAUAAAUAGUAAAUGUACAUACAUUGUUUUUUAGUGGCUAGCUAUAUUUUUUGUUUAUUAUUGUGUCUUUACUGUACUUUAUAUUAGUUGAAAAAAACUGUAAACUUGGUAUAUGAAGUUAAAUUACUAUGAAUUAAUAUACUAAAAAAUAUACUAUCUAGGAGUUCUGUAAGGGAUUAAUGAAACAAACAAAAUACUGAAAUAUUGUAAUUUUUUGUUUUAUAUAUUAUAAAGCAAUCUGUUAUUAAAAAAUACUGUAAAAAAGUUUAUUAUAGUUUUAGGUUAACAGAUCAAGUUUUCUUUGAUUUUUGAACUCUAAAAAAGAUCAAAUAGAAAAUACUAGCUUAGUACUUCCUAUGAACAAAAAAUAAUAACAGCCUAAGCCAGGUGAUUAAAUAUUUUUGGUUUUCAGGAUCAAAUUUAAAAGUAUGUUAUUUUUAGAUUUUGAUCUUUGAAACAGAUCAAGUGGAAAAUGACAGCUUACUAGGCAGCUUGGUACCAAAAAUAACAACAAUAUUAGCCAGUGUUUUUUGAGUGGCCCACAAACUUGGCCAAUAGGCAAUAACAAAUACCAAUGCACUUACAGCGCUCUUCUCUCACUUAUACACUUAAACUUACUCACACACUCUCUCUCUGGCUCUCUGUUUUUUUUUUCUACAUCUCGCAACUGUUUUUAGUGGGCUCAGGUCUCAGUUUCUUUCAAAGCUUCGUGGAGGCAGCACACACGUCGCUCUGCUCGCGAUAUUUGUUGUUUUGUUCGCUGGCUACACCUUUCGCUGUCGCAGUCGCAGUCGCAGUAGCCACUUGCAGCGCUGUCCGCGUGUCUCUUGGACCGAUCGUGUGUGUUUCAAUAUAUAUAUAUAUAUAUCUUACCAAUAUAUAUUGUUUAAUUAACGCUUUUUUGGUUAACCAAAAAAUCAACGAAAAAAUAUUUCGAAAUUGAAUUUUUCAUGAAUUCAAUGCAAAUUAAAAAAGUGUGUUUGCUCUGAAUUGUGACAGAAAUAGAAAAAUCUAAACAAAAAGAAUGUAGACACUCGAUAAAUGGAAUUCCACAAAACUAAACCAAAGAUAAAAUGGCAAAGAAUGAUGCGAAGCUGCUCGUAAAUAAAUCAAUAAACCAACAAUCAAAUCAAACGAAAUCAAAACGACAAGAAAACAAAUCAAUUUGCAAAUGAAUAAACGAAAGUAAUCAAAAAAAAAAAUAAAAAAAUAAAGAAAGAAAGGCUAACACAAAAGAGGAAAUACAAUUGCAUGACGACGUUGAAGGCGAAAGUAAAAGCCGUUGCCCUUUUUCGCCCCCUACAUUGACCACAAUGUCCAGGUGUGACAACCAUAAAUCCCGCCGCCAACAGCUGCCUGUGCCGGCACCCCUCUCCACCUCCUCCUCCACCACCACCAACUCAUCCCGCUCGCAAGGACACCACAACCACCAUCACAUCCAUUCUAGUAAUUCGGAUCUGGGUGGCAGUGAGUCCUUCCUGCAAUAUUGCAGUGACAGCGAAAAGCGGCCACCGCCCAUUGUGGUUGUGGUGGGCGAUGGUCGGAGCCGGGUGCGGCGGGUGGUGCGCACUGCCACACGGCAUGUCACGGUGGUCAGUCUGUCCACCAGGCACAAGGAGACACAGACCCAUACCUCGCACCAUGUGACGGCUGUCAGCUUUCCCCAAAAAAGCCUAGAACGUAGCGGUUCCACACAGUAUGAACUGGCUGGUGGGCAACAGCCAGGAUCUGGCAAUGCCACAGAUGGUGGCAGUGUUGGCGGCUAUGUUUACCUGCAGAAUCACUAUGCACCCGGCGCUCAUAGCUCCUCGGCCGCCAUCAACUAUCCUGCCCAACAGCAUCCCCAGAUGGUCUACCAAAUCCAACAGUAUCCCACGUGCCAUCAGCAGCAGCAACAACAGCACCUCCAGCAACAUCAGCAACAGCAGCAUUUGCAUCAGACCGGAGCAGGUCACUAUAUGCAGGUCACGGCAACGGGUGGUGGUGGUGGUCCAUAUCAUCAUCAUCAUAUGCUUCAUGGCCAUGGACAUCAUGCCCAUCAUCAUGGUCAUGGCGGUGCCGUGGUCAUAGCUGGCAGUGGUGUUGGAACUGGCCUGGGCUCAGGAGCCACCAGUGUGAUCAUGCAACAUCAGCAACAACAGCAGCAGCAACAGAAUAUGCACAAGAAGAACUCCAUCCGGAAUGGCGGGGAUGUCCUCAAGCGAACGCGAGCUCAGUCAGCCUACGAACUCUCACAAGAUCUGUUGGAGAAGCAGAUCGAGCUGCUGGAGCGCAAGUACGGCGGAGUUCGAGCCCGUAACGCAGCGGUCACUAUACAGCGCGCCUUUCGUCAUUACAUGAUGGUCAAGAAGUUCGCCUCGAUCACAGCCAUGGCCAAGGCUGAGAAACGUCUUAGCCGGCGUAUGGUCGUAACAGCCAGUAGUCUUGGUUUGGCCGAAGAGGGUGCCUCCACAUCGUCAGCCUAUGGCAGUGCCAACGAAUCUCAGCUUACCGAGCAGCAGCAACAGCAACAACAACAAUUGGCGGCAGCACAACAGCAGCAGCAGCAACAACAGCAGCCACGUGUCACUAUUAUGGCUGGUCCAGCGGGAGCAGCUUCUCCGGGCUUAUCACGGACUCCUCCCACGCGUUCGCUUUCCAUGCGGGAGCGACGUCAGCUGGACUGCAGUCCCAUACCGCGUAGUCAGUCAGGAGCUUCACCCGCCUCCAUAUCCAGCUCGACCGUCAGCACCUCUGCUCUGGCCUCUCAUCCGCAUGUAAAUCUUCUGCACGCGGCCGAGCCGCAUUACUACAAUGCCCAGGCACUGCCCACGGCGGCUGCUUACUACACUAGUUACCAUGGAUCACCGCAUGACUUGAGCUAUGCCAGUUCGGCGGACACCUCGCUAAAUGCCUCGUGGGUUAACACCAGCGGCCACUCCCCGCACACGCCCUACUAUUCGGCUGCCCAGAUCUAUAUGAGACCCAAGGGCGGCAGUACUACACCCACACCAAGUUGCAGUGGCAGCACAGGUAGCGGUAGCGGUGGCAGCGGCAGUGGCAGCAGCAAGAAGGUUCCACCAGAAGUGCCCAAACGCACUAGCUCCAUAACAGCCCAACAGCAGACACAGCUUUUGCUGUUGCAACGUCAAACGCCACCACCUCCAUCGCUGCUGAGGACCAAUGGUCUGUGCAAGACCGCCGAGAACGGCAGUCUGACCUCCGUGCAGAGUUCCGGAUCGGAUUCGAGUGUGACCUCAGCGGAACGUAACCUCAACAGUGAUUUGGGUUCAGAUCGCAGCAACUCCCCACAUACAUGGAAACGUGGAACAGCCCUUAAUAGCUCCCAACAGUUCUCCACACACUCGGCGGAUUCAGCGGGUGCCGUGUCAGGCGGUGGUGUGGCAGGAGGAGCCGGCGGGUAUGCCGCUCAGAUGCAAGCUGCCGUUGCGGCAGCCACAGCAGCAGGAGGAUUACCACCAGCCGAUGACCAUGCCAUCUCCUCGCAUACGAGUGCCGCUCAGUACGAACAACACGAGCAGCAGCAACAUGAACAGCAGCAAUUGCAGGCGGCAGCUGCUGCCGCUGGAGUGGCACAGAACUACAAGAUGUCCGAAACGAUACGCAAGAGGCAAUAUCGCGUUGGUCUAAAUCUGUUCAACAAGAAGCCAGAGAAGGGUAUCACCUAUCUGAUCAGGCGAGGUUUCCUUGAGAAUACACCACAGGGCGUUGCCCGUUUCCUCAUCACCCGUAAGGGUUUGUCCCGGCAAAUGAUCGGCGAGUAUUUGGGCAAUCUGCAGAAUCAGUUCAACAUGGCUGUGCUGAGUUGUUUUGCAUUGGAGUUGGAUUUGUCAGGACGUCAGGUGGAUGUGGCUCUGCGAAAGUUCCAGGCUUACUUCCGAAUGCCUGGUGAGGCACAAAAGAUUGAGCGCCUGAUGGAGAUCUUCUCGCAGCGUUACUGUGAAUGCAAUGCGGACAUCGUGGGGCGACUGAGAUCAUCUGAUACGAUCUUUGUCCUGGCCUUUGCCAUCAUCAUGCUGAACACGGAUCUGCACACGCCCAAUCUGAAGCCAGAGCGUCGCAUGCGCGUUGAGGACUUCAUCAAGAAUCUGCGCGGCAUCGACGAUUGUCAUGACAUCGACAAGGACAUGUUGAUGGGCAUUUAUGAUCGCGUCAAGUCCGAUGAAUUCAAACCUGGCAGCGACCAUGUCACUCAGGUGAUGAAGGUCCAAGCCACUAUUGUGGGAAAGAAACCAAAUCUAGCAUUGCCUCAUCGACGGCUUGUCUGCUAUUGCCGGCUGUACGAGAUCCCCGAUGUGAACAAGAAGGAGCGACCUGGUGUGCAUCAGCGCGAGGUGUUCCUGUUCAACGAUCUGCUGGUCAUUACCAAAAUCUUUAGCAAAAAGAAGACCUCCGUGACGUACACAUUCCGCAACAGUUUCCCGCUGUGCGGCACCGUUGUCACCCUGCUGGACAUGCCCAACUAUCCGUUCUGCAUUCAGCUCUCCCAGAAGGUGGAUGGCAAGAUCUUGAUCACCUUCAAUGCCCGCAACGAACACGAUCGCUGCAAGUUUGCCGAGGAUCUCAAGGAGUCCAUUAGCGAGAUGGACGAGAUGGAAUCGUUGCGCAUUGAGGCCGAGUUGGAGCGUCAGAAGUCGGCGCGGAAUCGAGCACCAGCCAAUGCUGAAAAUCGUGAUAGCGGCGUUGCCGAUGUAGAGGUCUGCCCAUGUCCUUAUCAACCGGGAUCCCAGGCAGCCGGCGAGCAGGCUCCAAACUCCGCUGAUUCCUCGCAACAGCUGAAGCGCAGUGCGCUCAGCAACAGCCUUCUCGAUAUGCACGAGCAAUUUGGCAAUGAGAAACCCCAGCGACGAGGCAGCGUUGGCUCCUUGGACAGCGGCAUGAGCAUUUCGUUCCAAUCCACCACCACAUCCAGCGCCUCGAGGGAAAAUGCCGCUGCUAUUGCGGCCGCAGCUAAUGCAGCGGCGGCAGCCAAGAUGCGAUUUAACAUGCCGCCAACGGCGUCCAUUGCCACACCUAGCAAUGUGUAUGCGGCACCGGGAAUGCAGGCCUAUACCCAUGCUAACUUUGUGCAACAGUCACAGGCCGCGUAUAUGUUGCAGCAGCAGCAAAUGCUACAGCAGCAGGCACAAAUGCAAGCUCAGGCACAGGCACAGGCUCAGGCCCAGGCUCAAGCUCAGGCACAGGCGCAGGCGCAGGCGCAGCCACUAACUGGCCGAAUACCGGGACGCGAGCGGAAGCAGUCGCGAACGGAUGAGAACGGACGGUCGACGGAGGUCUAAGUCAUCUUUAUUGUACAUUUUAGUUAUUGAGCAAAGCGAUAAUUAUUAAAUCUAUAUUAGCAUAUAUAGAA